AAAGAGAUACUCCAUUAAUUGGAAAAAUCGGAAACACACCUCUCUUUUCGAAACCUUUUCACCACAGCAUCCCUCACUUCCCGGCGCGCGCGGAGUUUUCCCCCACUACGUCGCCGCCGCAAUUGAUAGUUCUACCGGAAAACCAUCUCUUUCUUCUGCCGUGAAGUGUGAAGUACUAGGGAAACCGGAAACAAAGGCCUUGUAACCAUGAUUAUUCCAGUUCGUUGCUUCACCUGCGGCAAGGUGAUCGGAAAUAAAUGGGAUACCUACCUUGAUCUUCUUCAAGCUGAUUACACAGAAGGAGAUGCCCUUGAUGCACUGGGACUGGUCCGCUAUUGUUGCAGGAGAAUGCUAAUGACCCAUGUCGACUUGAUUGAGAAGCUCUUGAACUACAACACUCUAGACAAGUCGGAUACUAGUUGAUGAAGCUUGUGAAACAAUGGUAGAAGAAUGACCAUCUCUUGCCGAAUAGUAUAUUGGGAUUUAGGACUGAUUUUGGUAGGUUAAAGACAUGAAGAUUGCUACAGUUCUGGACACAAGUAUGAAUAUUAUCUUGAGCAGUAAACAUUGUGGUUUGUUGUAUUCAUGAACCAGUGCCCAUCUACUAAAUUAAUACAGUUCAUUGUGCAUGUAAAAUUGUGAUUGUGCUCCAUGUUAGUUGUUAUAGAUGAAGUUUUCCCCUUUGUUUUUGAAUAA